AUGCAAAAGAUGAGACGUUAUGACAUCGAGAAUGAAUUAAGAAGGCGCCUUCUCCUACUCUUCCCACCCUCCCAAUCCCGCGUCGACCCGGAGGAGAGAAUAAAAAUAGUUGUCUUUGGUCUUCUCCUAGAUACUAUUAGCUUGGAGAGUGAAGAGGAAAUGGACACUUGUCUCAGUAUUCUAAGCAAUGACACUCACCUUCUAGCUGCUGUCAAAGCCGUUCUCAUUUCAGCAUCAUUUACCGGAGGCAUGGGAGGCCACUUAACAGAGGCUAUGUCUCUUAAAGUAUUGCACCACUCCAACGCAGUCCGGCUGCUUGCAAAAUUGGGUGUGCCAAAGGCGGAGUUCUAUGGAGUGCAUUGUGCAACAUUCAAUAAUAUUGGCCACCGUCGUAAAAGUAUGUCAGUAGACCUCUAUAUAAGGCAAUUCCUGCCCAAGUUCAUACGAAGUAUUAUGAACACUUCGGAGCGCUUUAUGCUAUAUGCUCUUCUCUAUCCCAUUGCACUCACCUUAUUUCAGCCAAGAAAUGGUGCUCAAUGUCACUUCAGAGAUCGUAUUGUGGCUAGCGUUGUGAAAGGCAAUGUAGAGCUGGUUAGACCUCUAAGAAAGACACCACCAAAUGAGGUCGAACGCCAAUGA